UGCCGGCGCCGCCGCCGCCUCCGCCCCUUCCGCCGCCGCGGGGAGCCGAGGGGCGGCCGGGCCGGGGCGGGCUGGGCUCGCAGGAUGCUCCGGUCGCUCUGGAGUUUCCUUAAGCGGCAUAAGAAGAAAUGCCUCGUCCUUGGCACCUUCCUUGGCGGAGUCUAUUUACUGGGAAAAUAUGGGCAGAAGAAAAUCAGAGAAAUCCAGGAGCGAGAAGCAGCUGAGUACAUUGCCCAGGCACGAAGGCAGUACCAUUUUGAGAGUAAUCAGAGGACGUGCAAUAUGACAGUACUGUCGAUGCUUCCAACACUGAGGGAUGCCUUAAUGCAUCAGUUAAACUCUGAGAGUCUCACAUCUCUUCUUAAAAAUAGGCCAGCAAACAAGUUAGAAAUCUGGGAGGAUUUAAAGAUAAUAAGUUUCACACGCAGCAUUGUCGCUGUGUACAGCACCUGCAUGCUGGUGGUUCUCUUGCGAGUUCAGCUGAACAUCAUCGGCGGCUACAUCUACCUGGAUAACGCCGCGCUCGGCAAGAACGGCACAACACCACUAGCACCCCCUGAAGUCCAGCAGCAAUAUUUAUCAAGCAUUCAGCACCUUUUAGGAGAUGGUCUGACUGAGUUAAUAACUAUUGUUAAACAAGCUGUGCAUAAAGUUUUUGGAAGUAUUUCCCUUAAGCAGACCCUGUCUCUUCUGGAACUGGAACAGAAACUUAAAGAUAUCAGGGAAGUAGUGGAACAUAAAGAUUCGGAUCAGAUUGCAUCUUGUUCUCCCUUAUGUCAUUAUCUGAUGCCAGAUGAAGAAAACCCUUUGGCUAGCCAGGCCUGUGGACUCACAGAAAGAGACAUUGCUACAAUUAAAUUACUAAAUGAAACUAGAGAUAUGCUAGAAAGUCCAGACUUCAGUACAGUUUUGAGCACAUGUUUAAAUAGAGGAUUCAGUCGACUGCUGGACAAUAUGGCAGAAUUUUUUAGACCUACUGAAAAGGACCUUUCUCAAAACAGUUCUGUAAAUAGUCUUUCCAGUGUCAGUCUUCCUUUAGCCAAGAUAAUUCCAAUAAUAAAUGGACAGAUCCAUUCAGUAUGCAGUGAAACACCCAGUCACUUUGUUCAGGACCUUUUGAUGAUGGAACAAGUGAAAGAUUUUGCUGCUAAUGUUUAUGAAGCUUUUAGUACCCCUCAGCAACUAGAGAAAUGACCUGCACAUUUUUACAAAUGGAUGGUGUAUUUAUAACAAAUCCCUGGUGACUACUGAUGAGACUUGGGUUAAUUUUAUAAUGGUGUAGGAGUGGCAGACCAGCAGAAAGAGCACUCUGGGGAAAGUGGGAGUGAGCCCAUAUUUUCUUCUAACGGAAUUAUACUUCACCCAUUAAAAAUAUUCUUGUUGAAAGAAACACUGUAAGUGAAGACUUUUCUAUUUAAAAAGUGGUUAAACUCUUCUGUAAUUCAUUGGAUUAUUUUUUAUUGCAUCUAAAAGGCAUCUGGGGGCAGUAUUACAGCAAGUUACUAAAAAACCCAUUUUUUUGCCUGGGGUGUGUAAGUUUGGGGAAGAACUAAUGAUAGUGAUCUAAGAACAGCGCAGAGUAGCAGAAUGAAGUAAUGCUUUUUUCUUAUUCUUCCCCCAGAUUUUUCUUUCUAUAAAGUAAAUAUUUUUCCCCUUAGCUUUACAAAUCUCGUUCCAAAGUCUCUCAUUCUUCAGAAAGCCUUUGCCAAUGGAUCCAUGUUCCCCUUGCCCAAGCUGGGGGUCUGCUCUCUCUGUUACUUAAUACUAAAGGAAUGUGGUUUUUUUAGACAUACUCUUGUUUAUGCUGUUCAAACAGCUACACUGUACACAUUACCUUGUAAAUAUUUUAUCUUAAUUUGUAUUAAUUUUGAGCCCAAUUGUCUGUAUUGUAAUAAAAUAUUUUAAUGUACAAUUUGUGUGUGUAUUAACAUGACUAGAGAAGAGAAUAACCUGACCUGGCCAAUCAACUCAAACUGAGUUCAGCUGAAACUGCCAGCUUCCACUGGCUAAACACACCUGGAAAAAGUAUAUUCUUUUCUCUAAAACUGUCAGGUUUUACUGUGCAGUUUUGAGGAAGGUAAAUUUCUUGCAAUAAAGAGGGUGUACAACUGA